AGACGUGUCCGCGCCGGGCAGCUUCGCGUCGCGGCGCUUCGCGUCGGCGUCGCUGGAAUCGUCCGCGAGACAGGCAGACAGUGGUGGCCAAGGCACCGUGUAAGCGCGUGUAACCGCCAUAUUGGCCGAACUCCGGACGACAGCUCCUCGCGGGUCGUGGAGCUUUAAAGCUCCCGACAGCUUUCCUGACCGUUGCCCGAGUCGGCCCGGGCGUAAUAACGGGGGACGCGCGUAAAGUGGAGCGAGGGCGAGCGGUUCUCGCGCGGAAAAAGAGACUGCGAGGAGAGGACACGCGAUAAUACGCCUUCGAGCACCGCAUCGGGCAGUGAAAAAGAGCUAGAGAGAGAGAGAGAGAGAAAGGGAGAGAGAAAGAUAAGGAUAAGAUAUAACACGCGGACGUAGCAGUGAUAAGUGUUCCGGAUACGCAACGUAAACCAAGGGAGAAUCACGGUGAUCGAUCGCGGCGGUGCAUCCGAGUAUCAAUAUCGAUCUUCCUACUCCGCGGGCAUACACUCUCUCUCAAUUCGUAUCUUCCGAAGGUUUCUUUCGUCGGAACAAACUCCCGCGUCGGAUUCUGCGUCGCUUCCGUUAUAUCACAUUCAUCAACUCUCGCUCGCGACGAAGAUCUACAAAGAGAAAACGUCAAUGUGCUCCGAAAACGGUACAAGCUGCACCUCGUUCGAAAUUGUACAAGAGAGGAUCGACAACUUCCACCAAUAUUAUCAAUAAAUCUAAAUUUCUUCCUAAAACUCAAUCUUCCCAAGAAAUACCGAUUUCGUGAAAGCAAAGAUUAACGCUCGACCGGAAGUCUUCCGAUAAACUACCAAGCGAUCAAUCGACGAGAAGCUAGCACGAAGAUAGCCUUCAGCAGUCUACCUUGCCGGCGUGACAACGCGCGGGUUCGUCUCUCCCUCUGGUCUCGACUGCUGCCAAUCAAUAACCGGCGCAUCGACUCGCUUACGCUCCACUCUCCUUCCUUUUGUCUCUCUCUCUUUCUCUCUCUCUCUGCCUCUCUCUCUCUCUUUCUCCCCUCUCUCUACCUCUCUUUACCUCAUUUGUCUUCCCACUAUCUCAUACUCUUACUUUCAACACUCAUCUUCUGCUCAACUAAAUACGUUAACAUUCUCUCUCUCUCUCUUUCUCUUUUUCCUUUCAUUGCCUUUCCUUUUCUUCCUAUCUUUCUCUUUCUCUCUACCCUAUCCAUAUAUAUAUAUAUAUAUAUAUAUAUACACCUAUAUCUUUCUCUCUCUCCCUUGCGCCUUCCGCGCUCGCGCGUGCGAGGUGCGCGGAACGGGUGCCUGUCAGCGCGAUCAACAGCAUCAAGAACACAGGCAAACGCAGCGGUAACAUCAGCAACGGUCCGAGCCAACGACAGCAGCCAGGAAACAUUUAAGCUUGGCCGCACCAGCGCCUCGCGCAACAUCUUCCAACAGGCGCGAGUACCUAUUUAUAAUUCCAUCAAACGCAAAGGGGAACGAAAACUGAAUGAGGCAUCGCGUACGGCCACCUAGAUCAGCCGCGAAGAAAAGAGAUGUCGAUGUGAGAUUGACGCUGGCUCGAGAACGUAGCACGGCGUGAUGCAGCCGCACCUUUAAAUCGCGCGAUUGAAGAAUGUGAUGAGUCGAUCGCGGGCGACAUCCUCACCGUUAUCUACAUCACCGUCAUCGACAUCGUCCUAAAGCUCAAGGAUUCGGUCCCGUUUGAUUGAUCGAAGGAGUGAAUUUUCUAAGUUCCGAGGCACGGGACCGCGUACGUAUCUAUGGAGCGCGACAAACUUGCUCGAUCGUAUCGCGCUCAUUCUUAACAGUAAAGGCCAUCGGUAGCAAAGAGAAUCUCCACUUCCUGUUCCUCUCUGUAGCGUGUCUCGCAUCCGCGCACUCUCGCCUUUCUCUCUGUCUGUCUUUCUCUCCCUUUCUCUCCUACCUCUCCGACUCGGCCGACCGACCAGUCGAUCCGCGCGCGCGGCUGUUCCGUUAAGAGAGAGAGAAGGGUGGAGGGCGCCGCGAAAGGGUGACGGUGUUGGAGUGGUAUCGCGGCGCGGGUGGUAUUAACGAAGAGGAUUGUCAAGGGGGACAAAACGACGGACAAUCGGGCAACAGCAGAAAGUGGAAGAAAACGGAAAAUGAAUGAAGUAUCAUGCGCGACAUCGACGACGUAACCCUCCGCUCGUUGGAGUCCGUUGUUCAGUGUCAUCGAGCGACGUCGCCAUCAUCGUCGGCGUAGUAGCGCCUCGCCCGAUCGCGAGGCGAGAAAUCCGCUUGGCGGCUGGUUGCUUGGUGGUGCGCGUACCUAUGUGUCCGUUCGCGAGUCCGUGAAGGGUUCGUGCGCUGGGCUGUUACGCGGUUUCGGCUGAGGGGCACUGGUGCGCGCUGGGAGCAUGCGGGCUUCGGGCGAGGCCCGGCGAGGCGGCUCCGCGGGAGGACCGGGCUAAAGGAACGACCGCAUAUCGGAAGGGACACUCGCGAACGCGGGCACGGUGCGCCCGCGGCCGUGCCCGCCCCGCACCCCCGCAUCUCGGCGCCGCGCCGGUCACGCGCCGAUUAGCUUGAUCCUGAAGACGCGGAAAGCGAGCUGGGCUCGCUUUCGGACGCAUGGAACAUGAUAGAGAUGUCGAGUGGACUUGGUGCAACUGCAAUGGGAAUUGGCGUUAGUCACGGGACUGGCGGCGAAGGUGUAGCUGGUGGUUGCCGCCUCCGUGCACAGAACCAAGGCCAGGCCUCGGGGUCCACGAUGCAGCACAGUAAUCCGCAACAAUCGUCUCAGCAGCAGCAGCAGUCGCAGCAGCAACAGCAACAGGCGCCCGCGUCGCAGCAGCAGUCCCAGCAACAGCAGGCGGCCGGAUUCACGGGCCGAUCGAAGAAGGACAACUGUUGCCUAUGGUGGUGCUGUUGCUGCCCGUGUAGUUGCCCGUGUAGGAAUAAAUGUUUGGCGGCAGUUGGCGGAAAUUCAACGGGUAGCGGCGGUGCGGGUGAUCAGGACAAGAAAAAGGGUAACGCCGGUGUCGGCGGCGAGCACGGCAGCGGCAUCAGCAUCGCGGGUGCAGGUGCGGGUAACGGUCUCGACGGACUUGACGGCCUCGACGGCGGUCUGGAGCGCUGCAGUUUGGAGGAGGUUCGAGCAUGGGGCUCGUCCUUCGAUAAACUGAUGAAGAGCGCUGCCGGCCGCAAGCUCUUCAGAGAGUUCCUCGUGAGCGAAUACAGCGAAGAGAACAUCGCUUUCUGGCUUGCUUGCGAGCAACUCAAGAGGGAGAGCAAUCCUGAAACAAUCGAGGAGAAGGCACGCUUCAUUUACGAGGAUUACAUAUCCAUACUUUCGCCAAAGGAAGUGAGUCUGGACUCACGAGUGCGAGAGAUCGUAAAUCAUAACAUGGUGGAGCCUACGCCACACACCUUCGACGAGGCGCAGCUACAAAUUUACACCCUCAUGCAUCGGGACUCGUAUCCACGUUUUGUCAACAGCGAGAUUUAUCGGAGGGUGGCCAGAAUGAAUAGCAGCUGUCCGCCCAGUCCGAGUACCGGCCAACAAGAGCUCAGUGGGAAAACGAAAAGCAAGCGAGGAGCGACGUAAUCGUAAUCGUGAUAGGUUUUAGAGAUUUUGAUCCGCGCUCCCGACGUCUUUGGAGGUCUUGGUCUGCGCUCCAGAGACGUCGGGAGCGCGAACCAAGACCUCUAAAAUCAAUAAUCUUCAUCAAAGUCACGAUCAGCCGAACCGUUCGGUAAGAAUUCGCAACACAUCCUCUGCGUCAAGGCGAGGAAUCGCCCGAACGGACAUGGCUAACGAAGCCAAUCCCUCGCAGGAGAGAAUCCUUCCAUCCCCACGGGUGAACGACGAGCUUUCUGAUCACGUUAGAUUGCUUGCACGGAAGCCGGGAGCUUGUUCAGUGAUUCGCUCUUCCACGCGAAGGCGCAACGGGGCCAUGUAAUCGCGCUCGCCAUUGCACGCGAGCCGUUACGACACCGAUGAUGAUAAUGAUAAUGAUGAUGAUGAUGAUGGACUGAACGUACGACGAGAUCGCGAUCGCGGUCGGUCGCGUAGAUCACAAAUCGCGGCGUUCCACUUUCAGGAGUUUGGUGCAGAGCGUAUGCACGCGGGACGGUGGAUCGUAGCCGGAGAAAGAAAGAUCACGCGAUCGCACGGGGAUGGCGGACACCAACGCGAACACCAUCGAUCCUCCCGUGUCCAUCGAUCGUCGAGCCUCGCGAUCUACCCUCGUUAUAGUUUUAAACUUGAAAGCUUGAAUAGGAGGUCGAUUCGGACUUGCGAGCUUUCCCUUUCUCUUUCGCUCUUCUCGGCUUAAAAGCGAAUUCGAUCUGAAUCACAUACCUUAAGUCUUUCAUGAGCCGUUACAAAUACUGGAGGUAUCCUCCUCUUAGCAAGUAUCGAAGAAAAAUUGGAAGAAUAUUUAUGCUGGAUUUUUUUUUUUUUUUAAUUAAAUUUGUGCGCGUAAAAGUGAAUGAUAUGUUUCUAACUCAAUUUGCCAGAGGCCAAGCAGACUGAAAGAGGGUUGACUAUCUGAUUUAAGUCUUAAUACGUUCAACAAAACGAGAUGCUCACAAUGUAAUACAUAACUAUAAUUAUCUGACGCGUUUUUGAUGUUGAAGUGAUGUUGAUAAUUGCCACAUAUUUUUAGUAUGUAUCACAUGUAUUCGACCGAAAUUCCGCGAACGCACUUUUUCCGCGGAAGGACAAGCUCUGCAAGUUCGCGAAUUGAGCUUCCGCGGAAUAAUGGAUAUUUAUCCCCUUCUCAGGAUCUGCAAUUGAUCCCGAACGCAUUUUAUCGCGAUUGUGUCUCCUGUGAUCUUAAGAUUAACGCGCGUAGCAAGAACUCGUCGAGAAUGUCGCGUGUCUUCGUGAAGAUAGGUUUAAUCUGCUCAAGAUCGAACUCACCGUUCGCUCUCUUUCUCUCCCUUCCUUUCUCUCUUUUCCUCUCUUCUUCUUUCUCUUUCUUUUUCUCUAUUUCUCUCUAUGUCUCUCUCGUUUCCGCGACAUUUACCUUUCAUGGAUGGGGGAGAAUCGAGUCAACAUCGUCACAGAGCCCGCUAUAACUUCAGGGUAACGUAUCGUAAUGCAUUUUUUAUCGCGCGCACUUUUCUAUAAUCACCAGUAGUCCGCGAGUUUUUCUCCUCGGGAAGGACAAAGUCGCGAAAUCGUACUUAUCUAAAAAAAUAAAAAAUAAAAUAAAAAAGAACGUAGAAAGAGAAAGGGAGAGAAAAAGGAAGUCUUUUUGUUUAGAAUUAUUAAGGCUACUUUGAUUUGUUCGAUUCUCACCACUUUUACCGGGUUACCGAUGGACCGAGGGAUCUUCGCCACUUCUGGUGCGUCAUCCCCAUGGCGGAUAUUGAGCUACUGCCAGCGAGAACACACCAAAGAUCGAACGUGCGUUGAAGCUAAUUUGACGAUCACCAAAGAGAAGAAUGACACUCAAUCGACACGAAUCACAUGCACACGCACGCACAAUUACACAAAUACGCGCAUGUAUACGUGUACAGAGACACCUGAGACACAUAUGUAUACACACCAACAUACACACACACUUAUCCACGCUGACGUAAAGCGCGUACGCUCGUGUAGAAUCUAGUCAUCGUCACGCGGAAACGCGCGAUCGUGGAAGAAAAUGGCCUAAACACGAGGAAAAAAAAAUACCAAGUGUCCCUCGAACUCGCGCGAUAAAUCGAGACUGUCGCAUCGAAAUUGAACUGUCAUCGUUGAUGCGUUGAUGAAGGCAAUGAAACAGGAGGAGGAACGCGGGGAGAGAGAAAAAGAGAGAGAAGAGAGAGAGAGAGAGAAAGAGAGAAAUUUCACGGAAGCGACGCUCGACGAAAAGCGGCGAGGCGUCGCAGUGCGGACGCAUCUUUUAACACUAAUUCAUAUAAUUAUAAGUAUGAAAUAGGAUUUAAAAUAAAAUUAAAAUAAAAGAGGGAGGUAUGACGAGACACUCGAGCGUCAUCGACGUUUGCAAGCAAAGUACAAAUAGGAAAUCGGCGGCAAACCGCUUAAAUGACGCUGGCUUUCUACUCGUGCAUUGCUUGUGAAUCUCCGAUCGAAAAGCGGCGCCCGCUUGCCAUCAGGAUUUCUUUUCAGCCGCGAUGCGCUUCGACUCGAACACAAUUCACUUCGCCUUCGGAUUUAUCUUCCAGAAGUGUCGCCCGAAUAUUCCCCGUAGUAUGUUUUACAUCUGAGACCCAUUGCAGUAUGCGUAUAUGUGCAUAGCACUGUGUUUGACAAUGGUAAGUAACGGUAAGCGCCAGAGAGUGUCGUCUCGAAGUGCUACAAUGAAGAAAUAUGGAGAAGUGUCAGAAACACGCGACAACUAAUGUUAAACGCGAAGAUUAAUAGCCAGCUUAAUAUGAAGUAAUGUCCCGAAGAAACUCCUCCGGCGUUUAUACUUAUCAAGUUUGCAUCUGACAUUUAUUUCGCGUGAUUUGUCAGACACAAAUCACGCGAAACAAAUGACCGCCAACUAUUAGCAUCUCGUCUCGCGUUGUGGGACCGAUCGCCGCGUCACGAUCGGGGAAGAGAACCGAGAGACUGCGACUGCGUAUCGCAAGCUCAAGAAACUCAUUACUUACUCUCUGAAUUCUUUGGAGUGGAGUCCCACUCUAAAGAGUGAAAAUCCUGCCAGUCUUGAUAAAGAGUGGCUGGAUUUUCACCCUUUUAGAGUGGGAUUCCACUCUUUUAGAUGAAAUUCCACUCCAAAGAAUUUAGAGAGUACGUACUUAUUCUUUCGUUUUUUUUCCCCUCCCUCACGAAACAAUAUACUCUCAGGAAUUCGCUAAAACGCAUCGGUGGACGACGUACGUAAUAUUUUCGAAUUCGCCGCUCAAUGAAACGACCAAGAAGAGAGCGAUAAAAUUUCGAGCGCAUCGCGGCGCACCUGCGCGCGAUCUCCACUUGCGACAUAGAUCGGUAUUACACGUCGCGGCAGGUAGACAUGUCAACCAUUAUACAUAACACGUAACAAAGAAAAAGGACGCGCGUGCUCUCCCGUGGAUCAUCGUGAUCGGGAGGCUCGAGACGAUAUAUGAGCGUGCGUCUCUCUAGUCAAAUCGAAGUCGUCGGUAUCGUCGCGAGCGGAUAACACAAGCGACAACACUCAGUCAGUCAGCGUUUGGCUACUGCCCUGUAGAUAAUAUAUAGAUAGGCAUAAUGAACGAAAAGAAGAUUAAUAAUUAUAAAUAUAAAUAUAUAUAUAUAUAAAUAUAAAAAGAGAAAAAAUAUAUAUAUAAAUAUACAGAAAAAUAUGUGCUAUGUUCCACAUAGGUGCCGAAUGCGAGCGUGCGAGAAUAACCGUGAGAGAGAAUGCGAGAGAGUGACGCGUGUGUCUUUUUAAUCUUCGAUUCUUUGUUCGACGCGAGGACAGCCCCGUCCGCCGCGACCGAAAGCGAAAGACGACGGUACCUAGUGGAAAUCUCAAGUCGAUCUUAAUUCUAGCAUCGAUGCCGUGUUCGCGUGACACCGAUGCGGAAGACGAACGUGAUACAGUGAAGAUCGUAAGCAGUGAGAAUUGCGUAAUUAGAUCAAGAAAGAAGGGGAUAGAGCGACAACGAUAUAAAUAGACGAGAUAAAUGUCCCUUUAGGACUUGUAAAUGCAAUAUUAUCUUAUUAUUCUUGCCAUCGUUAUUAUAUCGUUAUAAAGUAAUUAUUAUUAAUGCUAUUAUGCGACUAUCGUUAUUAUUAUAUUUAUUAUUAUAAAUCCUUGUUCAUUGAUUUCUGUUUGCUGCAAUACUUUUGCAAGUCGCAAGAAGUAUGUGAUAUAGAAAUUUUGUGAUAUAGAAGUUAUAUAUAUAUAAAUGUCUUCGUCAAAGACACUCGGAUUCUUUUCGCUCUCUCUUCUUCUAUCUUUAGGGCUGUUCAUUUAGGACCUCAACGCGACUUCCGGAGGCCUCGCGUCGGCAUCGUCGAUGAAAUUAAGCGGUGAGAUUGCUCGAACGUCGUCUUCACUAAUAAACGCACAAUUUUCUCAACCUUCGA